AUGGCAGACAAGCGGAAGCUACAGUGUGAUAUUGAUAGAACGCUGAAGCGAGUACAGGAAGGGCGCACUGCAUUUCAGGAGAUCCUAGAUAAGUUCGAAAGCUCCAAUAACCAAACUCAAAAGGAGAAAUUCGAGGCUGACCUUAAGAAAGAAAUUAAAAGGCUUCAGCGUUUCCGAGAUCAAAUUAAGACUUGGCAUACUUGUAACGACAUAAAGGAUAAGCGGCCACUUCUGGAAGCUCGGAAAUUGAUUGAACAGGAUAUGGAAAGAUUCAAAGUCAUUGAGAAAGAGACAAAGACCAAAGCUUAUUCAAAGGAAGGCCUUCUCUCCGCUGAUGCAAAGAAGGACCCGCUGCAAAAAGAGAAAGAGGAGCUAGAUGAAUGGCUCAAACAAUCAAUUUCUGCUUUGCAGAAUAAAUCAGAAAGGUACGAGUAUGACUUAGAAACGCUGUCCACUACUGGCAAGAAGAAGCGUGUUGAUAAAGAGAAAGCUGCUCUUUUGGAGGAGAAGAAGCAGAAGCUGGAGUUCUGUGCAUAUCAUAUCGAAAAGCUCGAAACUGUUAUGCGCCAUUUGGACAACGAACGUCUUGAUUUUUCGAAAGUUCGAUCUCUAAAGGACCCCAUCGAGUAUAUAAUUGAAUCAAUUGAUGAUGCUAGUAUGGAAGAUUAUCGGUCCUUGUAUGAAGAUAUGCAUUUAGAAGACAUAGGAGAUGGCUCGAUCGUGACACCAAAUGCUUUGGUUGCUCCGGGCUUUCUCGACUACGAGUUGAGUUCUACAGCCGCACCUUCGACUGUCACUAAAACUGGAAAUGGUGAUGAUUUAACACCUUUUAGUUCUUCGCUGCCUCCCGGUUCUUCUGCUUCCUCAAACGCUUCCUCUCGAGAGCGACCAAAGACCUCUCUAGAAGAGAAGUACAUAAUCAAUCCCACUUCCCUAUCCUCUACUAGUACUCCGGUAAAGGAGAAGAGGGAAAAGAGUACUAAGUCACAACCAGCUUCCGCAUUCGUCAACCAAACGCUCCCUUCCUCCUUCCAGUCGACUGGGCCUUCAACUACCACUCCUUCGUCGAAUAAGAAAUCUUUCGCAGGUGCUGCUGCCAAGCAUCAGCAAUCUGAGGUCUUGAAGCCAGAAUCGGAUAGGCUAACAGUUUUAAUUUCUGAUGUUGCUCCAGCUUAUCGGGAAAACUACGCAAAAGUUGCUGGGGAUUCAAAAAAGGAUAAAUCUAAGAAGGAGCAGCAUCAACAGCAUGAGUCCGAUCCCAAAACUGCUCUCUCUUCUUCGUCUGCUACUCCUAUUAAAAAUGAAAAACGAAAAGCCGAAGAAGUCAAAGAGAGAGCUCAGAGCAGCGACUCUACUGUGGCCAUGAUUAAGCUUCCAUCUCCUGCCCAGACGCCGUCUACUACUGUAGAUACGACUUCCGCUUCCGUUGCACCACCUUCGAGUUCAGUUUCACUUUCUUCGGUCACGUCUAAGUCCUCUACACCCACCUUUAACGUCGCCUCUACCUCUCAAGUUCCGACAAAUGCUAAUGUCGCUCCAUCUGUGAGCAACCAGCAACAGGAGCAACAAUCUUCCCCCACUUUCGUUCUUGUUCAUCCUCGUGAUGCUUUGGCGCCUUUCCGUAAUCAGCAGCUGGACAAACAACGUACGCUUCCUCCGGAGCUUCGAGCACAAUUGCAAGGGUUGGAGAUCGCGUUUCGGCGCUCACCACUCCCCACCGACAUUUUUAAAUCGCGCAUGCUCGUUACCAAAAGACCAAUAAAUGUGCCCAGCUUUUUUCCGUUGGAGCCAAUCAAAGGGUACGACCUAGAAGAGUGUUAUAUGAAGAUGGAUGCACAGACACUCUUCUUCAUCUUCUACUACUUCGAGGGCACAAGAGCCCAGUACUUUGCGGCAAAGGCACUCAAGCGCAUGUCAUGGCGCUUCCACACCAAAUACAUGUACUGGUUCCAGCGUAAUGAGGAGCCUAAACAAAUCACCGAUGAGUUUGAAUCGGGAGCUUAUGUUUUCUACGAUUUCGAAACCAUGAGCCAACGGAAGAAGGACGAGUUUGUCUUCCUCUAUAGCUUUCUCGAGGACAAUGAUUUAUAG